AUGAAGGCCAGGGUGAAACUUGCCGGUAGAGAUAAGAUGAAAGUAUCUGAGGAUGACUUGAAGAAACUCCCACUAAUCAAGUGGUGUAUUUUGGAAGCCAUUCGUUUAAGAGCCCCUGGUAUCAUUACUAGAAAAGUGCUGAAGCCAGUUAAAAUUUUGAAUUACACUGUUCCUUCUGGUGACUUGUUGAUGUUGUCUCCAUUUUGGCUGCAUAGAAAUCCAAAAUAUUUUCCUGAACCUGAAUUGUUCAAACCUGAACGUUGGAAAAAGGCAAACUUAGAGAAGCAUGCUUUCUUGGACUGGUUCAUGGCAUUUGGAAGCGGGAAGUACCAGUGUCCUGGAAGGGAGAUCCAGGAGACCGCGUUUUGUUUGGUUGGCUAGUUGUAUUGUGCGAUAUCUUUGUGGGAAUGUCUACAGUGGCUUCUGAUGAACCUCAUGAGAACAAAAAUAUUAUAAUUGCUGCUACAUGAUGAAAGCAGGGUUAUUAAAAUUUUUUUUAUAGAAUGGAUUAGAGUGGGGUGUAACUUAGGUUAUAUAAUCAUGCUUAUAUUCCAUGUGAGAGACAGGAGUGGUAGGAUCUACCAGAUUGGGAAAAUAAUCAGAAAUAGGAUGGAUCAAGGGGAAGGAUUUGUGGAGGACUGUGGCUUGAAUGUAGGUGGCUGGAAGACAUGAUGGAAAUAGAGAAAUCAGGAACAAGAGCAAGUUUGGUGGACAAGAUGUUAAGUUUUCCUUUGAAAACUACUUAGUCUGAGAUGUGGCAAGUAUGUAUCAUAUAACCAA